AUGUCUUUUAAACAACUUUACAUUCCGUUUUUGCGUCAAUAUCUACGAUUUUCCUCAUUGUCUAUUAAACUUCUUCUAUUCAUAACGAUUUUAAUAUUUCUCAUCGGCAUCAAACAAAUCUUUUCAAAUAAAACUUCUUGGUGUAAUCCAGAACAAUCAUUGUGGUGGUUUUGUCCAUGGCCAGGACCAGAAACAGUGUGCAGUUGGGACGAACAUUUUUCCAAAGCAAAUCCAAACAAUCGAUCUCCAGCAUUCUAUCACAAAGCUCUUCGCUCUCUUUCAAAACGUCGUUCGUCUUUCCUCUUCAACAACUUAACUCUAACACAAUGUAACGAAUCUUCUCUCGAUUUACUCAUUUUUAUCAUUUCAAAAUGUUCUCACGGUUCCAUUCGACAAUCGAUUCGACGAACCUGGGCUAAUCAACACUUAUUACAACAAUUCUUUCCCGAUCUUCACAUCAAACUAUUGUUUCUACUCGACAAUGAUCCACAAUCGACACCAAAACUCAUUCUUGAACAUCAAUUUUAUCAAGAUCUCGUUCAAGUCACUAAUCUUCCUGAACAGUAUGACUAUGUUACACAACGCGAAUCAGCUCUCUACGAGUUCGUUGUCAGUCGUUGUCAACAAACAAGAUUUGUGUUCAAAACUGACGAUGACAUUUUCAUCAACACAAUUCUCCUAUUAUCAAAAGUUCGAACGUUGAUGAACAAUGUCGAAAUGAAAGACAAAACGACAAAAAAUGCUGAUCUAGUUGGACAACGAUAUGUGAUCACAAAAGAUGAAUAUUCAUGUCCAAGAUAUCCCACAUUUCUGUCCGGUUUUGGUUAUUUGAUGACUGUGGAAACAUGUUCAUUGUUGUUCGAUGCUUAUAUUCCACGAAUGAAGAUCAUUGAAAACGUGAACUAUCGAUAUGAAAGUCAAUGUAAUGAAGAAUUCUUUCGUGAGAAAGAGAACAGUGCAUUGGCAUGUGCAGCAUCGAAUGAUCAUUUUGAUGUGAAACAUUCGAAAGGUGGUGAUCGAAGCUUGAUGAAUGACUACAAUCGUUACUGGACAAUGUUAAUUGAACGACAUCGUACAUCUAUGAAUAGUAAAAGACGAUAG